GACGCCGAGCAAGUAGGGAAAUCUGGUAUCUGGCUGAGUGCUCGGCAUAAAACGGAAAACUUGUUAGGAUGGAUAAACUGCGGGGCAACAAUGCGGCUGGCGAGAAUCCCUUCAAGCGGCCAAUGAAUGCCCUCCAGAAGCAGUGGUACCGCGUUCUCCUUGCCCGGAGAGUGGGAUUCGGGCAACGUCCUCCGCCCGAUGAAAAGGAGCUAACAUACGCCGACAUUUGUCGAAGGCGUUAUACAGCCGCGUUCCGGCGAUACAACGAGGUUUUCCGCCGGGAAAUGGCCAAACACGAGGAGAUGCAGCGUUGCGCCAUCGAUGCCAUGAGGGUUCACAGAACCUUUGCCAUAACCACACUUUGGUUGCCUUUGCACUCGAAGCGGGAAAUUAACUCCACGCUGGAGACCCUCGAAAGAGUCCUUACCGCCAAGGAAAGACGACGCCUGCAGGAGAUACUCAAGCAAGGAGAGUCCUGGCACUCGCAUCGCUAAAGCAACAUUCGCUGCUACCAAGGCCACUUAGAUUCAGAUUCAGACUAUGACUUGGAGUCAUCCCCAUACCAUAUAGCCAUCAUCAUCAUCUGCCACGGCUAAGUGAAUUCCAUUUAGCUUAGAUUUCACUCCGCCUGGAAGCUGGAUUUUUCCUCGCUCACUUCAUUUUUCACUUUUCCUUCGUUUUGUUCUUGAAAUUUCGCUGUCAGUGGCCGAAGCAGUGUCGUAAAUAUUUAAUACCAGUAAA